GGAGGGGGGGCGUGACCGGGUUGGAAUUUUGGCGGGUGCCGAGGAGCGCGCGCGGCGAGAAUACUUUUCCCUGGGGGACUCUUGAAGAAAUCCCAGUGAAAUCAUGGACGCUGAUGAUGACUUGGAUAUGUUGGCCUCCCUCCUGGAAGAAAGUGAAGCAACUGAGGAGAGGAAUUCUCCUGAGGAGGAAGAUGCCCCAGAGGAUGAGGGGGGAGAGCCAGAUGAAUACGAUGAGCUGUUUGAUGCAGAAGAUGAUGCGUCCUACACCGAGGAGGUCAGUGCUGAGGACAGCAUGAUUGAUGAGCAGAAGGAGAACCUGGCUGCACUGUUUGGAGAUGUAGAUGACCUGCUGGAAGAGGAGGAGGCAGAGGAAGCAGCCCCCAGUUCAGCUCCCAGUCAGGCAAAGGAGAAAACCAACGAGGAACUGCAAGCUGAGCUGAGAAAAUUGCAAGAACAGAUGAAGACGUUACAGGAACAGUUGCAGAAGACUGCAAUUGGGCAACAAUCCAGUUCAGGCCCUGAGAAGAAAACCCCUGGUAAAUCUCCCUGUCUACCCUUAAAGGAAAGGAAAGUUCAGAAGGUGCAGGAAUCGCCAUGUUUCUCGGCCCAGCUGGGCAAUCCUUUGCCACCAGCCAAGCGAGGACUCCAGAAAUCAAAAGUAUCCUCAGCAGAGAAUAAGACUCCUUCUCCACGGCAAGUCCUCAGUCUGGCGUUCCAGCCUCUCCAGUCUGCCACAGGGAACACACCCAGUAAGGUGGUCAGAGAGAAGACUUCUCACGUGCCUACAUGCUCCAGUGCAACAACUCAGCCAGUGUCUGUGGAAACCUUCUCAGGACUGAGAUUAAGAAAACCCCGGGUGUCUUCAGCUGAAAUGGACAGGAAGAUGGCCAAUAGGAAGCUCAUCCGACUGUCCCAGCUGAAGAGCAAACUUGCUGCAGAAAAUCUGGAGGAAAUAGACUGGGUAACAUUUGGAGUCAUAGUGAAGAAGGUCACUCCUCAGAGUGCAAAUAAUGGCAGAACCUUCAGUAUCUGGCGGCUGAACGACCUGCAGGAUCUCAGUCAGUGUGUCUCGCUCUUCCUGUUCGGUGAAGUCCACAAGGAGCACUGGAAAACAGACCAAGGCACAGUCAUUGGGCUGCUCAAUGCCAACCCUAUGAAACCUAAAGAAGGCUCAGACGAGGUGUGUCUGUCUGUGGAUCAUCCCCAGAAGAUCCUGCUCAUGGGGGAAGCUCUGGACAUGGGCACCUGCAAAGCCAGGAAGAAGAAUGGUGAUCCUUGUGCCCAGAUUGUGAACCUGAGUGACUGUGAGUAUUGUCAGUACCACAUACAAACCCAGUACAAGAAGCUCAGCUCGAAGCGGGCGGAUCUGCAGUCCACCUUCUCCGGCGGCCGCAUUCCCAAAAGAGUCGGCCGGAAAAAUCCCACUUUGAAGGAGAGGCUGUGUCAGGAUGGGUUUUACUACGGAGGAGUCUCUUCAGCAGCAUAUGCAGCCUCAGUUGCAGCAGCUGCAGUGCCGAAAAGGAAGAUUCAAACCACUCUUUCCAACCUGGUUGUGAGAGGAGCUGAUGCAAUUGUCCAGGAAACCAAGCAGAAAAUUGGUGCAGCAAAGAGACCCAUGCAGUGUUCUGAGGAAUUCAAGGAACUGCUGGCACAGCCAACUUUUGGAGCACGAAACCUCUGCAAACACUGGACCAAAGCAGAUGCUGAAAAGAAGCAAGGGGCCAAUUUCCAGUCUAUCUCUGCUUCAGCACUGCUCAAGCAACAGAAACAGAAAUUGCUGGAGGCCAGAAAAAAGCGAUCUGAAGAGAUUCAGAGGCGGUUUCUCCAGAGCACAGGUAAAACCAGCAGUCCUGCUGUCCCAUCCUCCUCCAGACAGACCUCCCUCCAUUCCCCAGUGGCUGGGGCAGAGUUUCCCAAAGAUGCAAAAAUGUCCACUCCUCAGAGGCCCAGGCUGGGCACUGGCUUCUCGGAAGGAGAAGAUAUCCUCUUCUUUGACAGGUCUCCACCUCCUCCAAGACCAAAGCUGGACAGCUUGGCUGAAGCCAAAAAGCUGGCUGCAAUCCACCGACUGCGAGCAAAAGGACAGAUUCUGGCUAAAACAGACCCAAACAGUGUCAAGAGGAAACGGGCUGAUGCUGAUGGUGUCCUAGAAAUUGUUGAAAGAGUUGAGAAAAAUGUUGCUCAGUCACAAGGUGCAGAAGCAGAGAAUGAUCUGGAUGAGCUGGAGCCUGCCCAAAAGAAACGGCGUGAGCAGCUGGCCUAUCUGGAGUCAGAAGAGUUCCAGAAAAUCCUGAGUGCCAAAUCCAAGUACACAGAUGUCCUGAAAGAGGCUGAGGCUGAACUGCAGGAGCAAUACUUUCAGCCACUGGUGAAAAAGGAAGAGCUGGAAGAGAAGAUGAGGAACAUCAAAGCAGUGAAAUGUCGAGUUGUGACGUGUAAAACGUGUAAUUACACCUAUUUCAAGCCUCUGGAGACGUGUGUGCAGGAAAAGCACGACUACUGCUGGCAUGAUGCCAUCAAGCGAUUUUUCAAAUGUCCUUGUGGAAGCAGAGCUAUUUCCCUUGACAGGCUCCCAAAAAAACACUGCAGUACCUGUGGCCUCUACAAGUGGGAGCGAGAUGGGAUGUUAAAGGAGAAAAAAGGUCCGAAGAUUGGUGGAGAAACACUUUUACCAAGAGGAGAGGAACAACCAAAAUUUCUCAAUAGUCUCAAGUGACCUGGAGUUGAUUUUUUUUUUUCACAACCUAAGGAUGGAUUUCUGUACCUGAAACACACAUUUAUACUGGACUGCCAAGAGGAUUCAGAUUUUAGGGAUGUAUGAGGGGGGGAAUCAAUUCUUGAUGAAAAGGACAUCUGAAAGGUGUCCAUCAGGCCACUGCAUGGAUAUUGAGCUUUGGUCUUUUUAAAAUUGACUGAAUAAGGCUGCAUGUGAAAUGCACAUUCGUGCCUGUUCUUUCCAACUAACAAAACAAGAGUGACCUCACCAGACUUUAAUGUGACAAAUCAUCAUGAACUGGAGGGACAGUAGAUUCUUUAAGCACUUGUGAGAUUAAUACUGUGAUGUGAUGCAAUUAGUACUAAAUGCCAGCCUGUCAGGUUUUUCAGCUCUUGGCCUAAAAGGGGUGUGAGAGGAUUGUAGGCACAGGCCAUUCUCUAUUGGCUUAAAAAUUACUCACUUUGAACCCCUAGGAACAGAAACAGUUUCCAAGUUUUUCCUUGGCUUAGGUGUUACAAAACCCUUCCAUGGCUCUGGCAUUGCAAGCCAGUGGUGUGUACAGUGGAGACUCAGGAGCUCCCUGUCCCACAGUCCAUGUCAUGUUCCCAGCACCAUCCACACUACAGCACUUCUAGGGCUACAGACCUGCAACUCCCACUUCGAAAAGCAUUUUAAUGAAUGUGGGACCACUUUGUGAGUGGUUUUAAACAGCUGAGUGAUUACAUUUAAAAGCUUUUACCCAUUUUCUGGCAUUUUAAAUGGGGGCAGUGGCUGUCGCAGACCAAGCAGGACAAGAUCUCCCUCCAAGGGGUGGCUCCUGAGAAGGGCUGUCUUCAUACAGGUGUUUUUCUGAAAGCACAUCUCUCUAGAGGUGCCUGGGGCAUUUGACGAGCUUUUCCUGGACCUGAGCCUUCUGCUGUCCCUAGCCCAGGCCCAACAGGAUCACAGGACAUUUUUAACUGCCUAAAACCACUAGAACCUCAGUGAUUUGAUCAAAGUGCCACCAGCAGUCCCAGUGGCCUUGUCAGUGCCUCUUGUCUGCUUGCACAGGGGCUGGGAGAGAAAUAAUUUGCUUCAUUUGAAGAGAAAUAAGUUCACUUGAAGCAACUGGACAGAUUCACCUCAGCAUUGUGCAGCCCUCAUCUCUUACUGGUGCUUUUACUGGGCAGCUUGGCCUAUUGCAUCGGUUUCAGUCUUGUGUCGGU